CCAUGGGCUGGGGAGCUAUGGGUUCAGUUACCAAUUUCGUGUGCAGCCGUUCGGUUUGGAUGCGGCAUGGCGUGGAUACUCUGAGCAAAUAGCGAUCGAACGGAACUAUAGUCACACCCGCUGGCCAGUCGAAUCCCAGCCCCAGCUCAGUCCGAAAUGUGUGCACAGUGGAGUGGAUCGUCGGUGGUGCUGGUGCUAGUGGUGCUAUCCAUGCCACUGGGCAGUGAAAGUGCCAAGCUCCCGGCCCGCAAGCAUCCAGCUGGAGUGGACUUCUUCGAGCAUGAGUUCACCAGCAUUGCAGCAGACGAGUAUGAUCCCUAUGGACCAGAUAUCGGGGACGAUGACCUGGGUAUCGAUGAUCCCGAGACCAUGCCACGCCUGUUCCAAGGGGAUAUCGCCAUCGAUCCUUACACCUACAUCACCCUGCGACUGGGAGUGAAUCCCAUGCGGCACCCGAAGCGCCUUUGGCCAAAUGGAACGAUUCCUUUCGAGAUCAGUCCCCGUUACGUGAACCAGGAAAGAGAAGCCAUCGUCCAGGCCCUGAAAACCUUCAACUCGCUGACCUGUGUGCGCUUCGUGCCCUACGACGGGGAAGUGGAGGACUACUUGUUGAUCGAGCCGCCGGAGGAAGGACCUCAAGGAUGCUGGUCCUACGUGGGCAGAAGGGGUGGCGAGCAGGUGGUGUCCCUACAGAGGCCUGACGAAACCAGCGCCCACUGCUUUAGCAGCGAGGGAAGGAUAAUGCACGAGCUGAUGCACGCCAUUGGGAUAUAUCACGAACAGUCGCGAGCCGAUCGCGACAACUUUGUGAAGAUCCACUGGGAGAAUAUAGUGCCCCGAUUCCGCAAGAACUUCAAGUUGGUUUCGAAGAAGAAGGGGAAGUACGCCUUCGACUACGACUACAACUCCGUGAUGCACUACGGCGAGUUUUACUUCAGCAAGCGGAAAGGGGAGAAGCCGACCAUGACUCCUCUGCAGCCGGGAGUCAGGAUCGGUCAGCGGAAAACCAUCAGCAAGAUCGACUGCCUCAAGAUCAACGAGCUCUACGGCUGUUUGCAGGGCAGGAGGGCCAAGAUGUACCGCAGUUUCUGUCAUUUGCUCGGUUUGUAAUGGGAAUUCUUUUGAA